GAGACUGAGAGGGAUACUUGCAGAGCCAGCAGGGAGCUGGGCAGCUCCUUCCCAAACGUUGGGGACCCUCCGCCUCUGCAGAUGGAAAGGUGAUAGGACCUCAUGGUAGACCCCAGAACUGAGGCCCCAGGAUGACAGAACCCGAGACCCUGGCCCUGCUGGAAGUGAAGGGGUCUGAGGCCCCGGAGAAGAGCCCGCCCCAGGCCUUGGUCCCCAACGGCCGGCAGCCGGAAGGGGAAGGUGGGGCUGAGUCCUGUGGAGCCGAGUCCUCCAGGGCGGGGUCUUCUGCUGGGUCUCCCACAGCCGAAGAGGGGACUGAGGAUGGUCUCGACAGCACCGUAAGCGAAGCUGCCACCCUGCCCUGGGGGACUGGCCCUCAGCCCAGUGCCCCGUUCCCAGACCCCCCCGGAUGGCGGGACAUCGAGCCCGAGCCCCUCCGCUCAGAGCCACCCACCAAGCUAGAGGAGUUGUCCGAAGAUGAUGCCAACCUGCUGCCCGAGAAGGCGGCCCGGGCCUUUGUGCCCAUCGACCUGCAGUGCAUCGAGCGGCGGCCCCAGGAGGACCUGGUUGUGCGCUGCGAGGCGGGUGAGGGCGAGCGCCACCGGACCCGCCCGCCUGCCCGGGCCACCCAGCCCGAGCCCCCCGAGCGCAAGUGGGUCGAGGCCGUGGUGAGGCCGCCAGGCCGCUCCUGCGGGGCCUGCGGGGGCUGCGGGGGCCGGGACGGGGUGCGGGCCGUGGCCUCGGUGGGAGCCGCCCUCGUUCUCUUCCCCUGCCUGCUGUACGGGGCCUACGCCUUCCUGCCCUUCGACGCCCCGCGGCUGCCUACCAUGAGCUCCCGCCUCAUCUACACGCUGCGCUGCGGGGUUUUUGCCACCUUCCCCAUCGUACUGGGGCUCCUGGUGUACGGGCUCAGCCUCUUGUGCUUCUCGGCGCUGCGGCCCUUCGGGGAGCCGCGGCGGGAGGUGGAGAUCCACCGGCGCUAUGUGGCCCAGUCGGUCCAGCUCUUCAUCCUGUACUUUUUCAACCUGGCCGUGCUCGCCACCUACCUGCCCCAAGAGACCCUCAAGCUGCUCCCUCUGCUCACUGGUCUCUUUGCCGUCUCCCGGCUGAUAUACUGGCUGACCUUCGCCGUGGGCCGCUCCUUCCGAGGCUUCGGCUACGGCCUCACGUUCCUGCCCCUGCUGUCCAUGCUGGUGUGGAACCUGUACUACAUGUUCGUGGUGGAGCCCGAGCGCAUGCUCACCUCGGCCGAGAGCCGCCUCGACUACCCCGACCACGCCCGCUCGGCCUCGGACCACAGGCCCCGGCCCUGGGGCUGAGUGCCCGCCCUCUCACCGCCCCCACCCCAGGCCGAGCCCCACUACUGCCCUGACUGUCCUUUGCCCUCCGUGGGUAUUGCCCUCCACCUUGGGGGCCUGGGGCAAUCGUGAGGGAGGGACUUUGGUUUC